GCUUUCCAAGCUUGUUACUUGAAACCAAAAUGUGGCAUCUCCAUUUAUAACACAUACAUUGCUCUGCAACGUUUUGAAGAUUAACCGACAGAAACCCUCAUAGAUCGAGCCAGUCCUCACUGCCCCUCUCUCUUAAGUAACACGCUGACAGACAUAAAAGAACUAACCAGCUUGAUCAGUGAGGGAGUCUGAAAAAUCUUAUUCUGGGUAAUAAGGAUGCAGUAUAUGGGCGUGUACGUCGUCGUAAUGAGGUGGUUGCUCUGGUUGUGGGUGGUUUGCAUGUCAGUGUCAGCUCAGCUUCACCGGUUUGAGCACCCCGUCGUCAAAACCGAUGACUCCCUGAGCUUUCUGGCCGUCGGAGAUUGGGGACGAAGAGGCGCUUACAAUCAAUCUCUAAUCGCUCAUCAGAUGGGAAUAAUCGGAGAGAAAUUAAACAUAGACUUUGUGGUCUCAACUGGGGAUAACUUUUACAAGACGGGAUUGACCAGCGUAAACGACCCCAAGUAUCCCGAGUCCUUUACUCAAAUCUACACUGCUCAGAGCCUCCAAAAACAAUGGUACAUUGUACUUGGGAACCAUGACUACAGGGGAAAUGCUUUGGCACAGCUGAGUCCGGUUCUUCGGAAGAUGGACAGCCGGUGGCUUUGCCUGAGGUCAUUUCUCGUCAACACGAAAAUUGCAGACUUCUUCUUCAUCGACACCAAUCCAUUUGUGGACAAGUACUGGUCCAACCCAAAGCACUACAAGCACGAUUGGAGAGGUGUCGUUCCUAGGCAGCGCUACCUCUCUACCCUCUUGAAGGAUCUGGAUUUUGCAUUGAGAAAUUCUACUGCAAACUGGAAGAUUGUCGUUGCACAUCAUACAAUCAGAAGCGUAGGGCAUCACGGGGAUACCCAGGAAAUAGUAGACCAGAUUCUUCCCAUUCUCGAGGCAAAUAAUGUUAGAGCCUACAUAAACGGACAUGACCACUGCUUGGAACACAUAAGUAGCCCCAAGGGCCAAAUACAAUUCUUGACUACUGGUGGUGGCUCCAAGGCAUGGAAAGGUGACCUCUCUAGGUUGAAUCAAGGCGGGUAUGAGUUUUACUACGAUGGGCAAGGCUUCCUCUCUGCUCAAAUUCGACCAACCGAUGCAGAAUUUGCAUUCUACGAUGUUUCCGGUAGAGUUUUGCAUCGUUUCAAUAUAUCCAAUUCCAAGGGGCUUCACAGUUCCAUAUAGGCCUCGUUUGGUUCACGGAAGGGAAAUCAAUUCUCUUGUCUUUCCCGUGGGGAAAGGAAACUAAAGUUCCUAUCAGAUUUCAUUUCCUGUGUUUGGUAAAGCAGGGAAAACAUCCAGGAAAGACCAUUUGAUUUCCCUUCCAAUGUUUGGUUGGUGCAGAAAAUGAAAAUAAAAAUAUAUCAAUGUUUCAAUAAUACCCUUCUAUUUUAAAAUAAAAACAACCUAGAAUGAAUUUUCAACACUACCAAGGGUACUCAAGCAAUUAAUAUUGGGGUAUUAUUGUCCAAAAUUAUUGCAAUUAAUGCUGGGAAAUGGGAUGGGAAACUCAAUCCUAUGAAGUUUGAGUGGAAUGAGUUUACCCCCAACUUUCCCCUAUGUCAGGAAAGCAUUUCCGGACUUUGUGGUUACCAAACAAAGGAAAGGAAAGUUAUUUCUUUUCCAAGUCCUUAAAUCCACGAAACAAACAAGGCCGUAGCGUAAACAAAAGUAAGAUCAUGGGGCAUCUAUAUUAUGUUCAAUAAAAUGACCCCUUUUGUGCUUGCAACUUGUUAAUAUUGAUGAAAUAAAAAGCUGCUCAUCUAUGAACAAAUCAAUCUUGCUGAACAAUAGACUUGCCACACUUAAAAGUGGAGGUCCAAUGUAAUUAAGUCCUGAACUACCACAUUCAUCUGAGACCUGGGACAAAGACUAAAUCUUAAACAUGUUAUAUACAGAGCACCAAAUACAUGGUAUUUUCACUAGUUCUAAGACUUUAACUAUCCCGUUUAAGUAGGUCAGUUCAGUCAUGCCUCCACCAUCUAUGUAGUUCACUAUGGCAGGAUCUUAACUCGACUUUGCUCAGUUCGUAACAAAAUGGUACCUGGAAUCCACAUAGCUCUCAACAUCCCAGAGGAAAGAACCGAAAGUCACAGCUUCCAAAACAA